GGGCAUCAAAUCAAGUUAGGUCAGGCAUGUUAUGUGAUACAUCGUGAGAACUUGAGACCUAAUUAAAGAGGUAUGCCAACGCCUCUUAUCUAUAGCCAAAGCUAUAUGAAACAAAACAAGGUAGAAUGAUCGGUGUUUGAAAAAAUGUAUUCAUCCAUUCUGUCCACCUGGCCUACAGUAGGGUCAGUACAUCUUUUAUGCUUUUUUGUGCCGUAAGUUUUGCAUUUCUACCUCCCAUCCUAUUCUUUUACUUUGUUCCUCUCAUUUACUUGAUAAAUAUUUGUUUCCAUGCAUCGUUAGUUUUACAACAUUGUUUAUCAGCAUGUUUACCAGUAGGCAUUCUCAACCUUUACGUAACACUUCACAUUUAAUAUCUUGUUAUUUCGUCACUGUGUUCAUAUGCUUUUUCACCCUGCUCAAGUGUAGUGGUGUUUCUCCCCUUUGCAAACAAACACAAUACCACAGACAGAAAUUGUUUAUGAAUAAAUGAGUCAUUUUUAUUAGUGAUUGUUGCCUUAUAUACUAUUUUUCAGCUCAUAUUGAUCACAUCGCACAUCUAAUACCAAACUGAUCACUUUUUUUUCUGAGAAAAAUUUACGUCAAUUUGAUCCCAUCUGCAGUCACUCAUUUUACUAAUUAUUCAAAUAUUGGAAUAAUUUUACGGCAUACUUUACAUUAGCUAUUGUAUUUUCCCUUUUCUUAUGGAUCUAUAACCUCACAGCCUGAAAAGGAAAAACAGCUGAAAACACAUGUUUACUCAAAUUAUUCUUCUUCUGAAAAAUCAUCAUCAGAACAGCUUUACAAUAAGACAGUAAUCAGCAUCCGUCAGGUUUUAUUCAGCGAAACACUUUUGACACUCAUUUAUGUGAUAUCCUGUGAAUACACAAAGUGUUUUUAGGCUACAUAGCAAAUGAGUGAGCUUGUUAUCUAAAUGUCUAAAUCUUAAUUGAACAGCACUUCCUAGUGAGUUUUAAGUUAGUGUUUAUAAAGUUGUACGUUUGUGUGUCCAGAAGAGUUUGAUUUGAUUUAUUCGAUGAUAAAAUUUAAGGAAAAUUCACACUAACUGGCUUGUGUGUGUAUGUGGUUAGAGUCACCUUCAUUUUAUUUACCUCACUGUGGUAGUUGAAACCCAUUUUAAAACUUUCACUUUGACCUAUAAGCUUAGUAAAUUCACACUGCAGACACGUUUCUAGUACUGGAUGAGUGGUAGUAAUCGGUAAGGAACUCAGUUUCAGUGACAACCUCCUUUGACUGGUAGUAUUAAAAUAUGUAUGUAACCUAAUGACAAUUUGUUAAGUCGAGGGUGUUUUGAUUAGUCUUUCAAAAACACCCCUAUCUUCUAGCUAAUUUUAUCAUCUUACUUCAUGAUAAACUCCACUUCUGGACUGGCUAACACAUGACAGAACUUAGGUAGCUAUCAUUAAUUUUAGGAGUCAGUUGUAAAUGCUUGAAUAUUAUCAUCAAUAACUCACUUCAUAUUUUACAAACGAUUGUUUUCACUGAUCAUACAUGGAAAAUUGUAAUUCAUUGGGAAGUACCUACAUCAUAGGGGUACUCUUGCUACUGUGGCACUAACUGAACACAAUGAAAUGAAAAUACAAUACUUAUUAAAGCACUGUUGAUAAACACUUCGGAUUUAUUCCAGCCCCAAGUAAGACAUGUAAAAAGCUGUUUUCAGAUCAACUUUAAAUAGUUGAUCUGUUUUUUAUAUCGUCAGUCUUUGCUCUCAUAGAGGGAUUGCAUUGCUUAGGAUUCAAAUAAAAGUCAGUUGUUCUUAGUUAGCUGUUUGUUAUGUUUGGUUUUACGAAGUCAUGAAAGGUCUGCAUCCUCACUGGAGAAAAGUUACUUUACUCCUUUUUAGACAGUCUUUGGAACUUCAUAAAAUGUAUCAUCUGGGUUACAACGGAAUGGCUGAAAGAUGCAGGUAAACCUUCACUCAACCAGCUUUGUUACAUUACUUCGCUUUUAAGCUUUUAGUCAUGAAAAGGGAGCGUAAAAAGAAUAAGGAAACCAGUAGUUCAGACGUCUACUUUACAGCCAUACUAAUCCCAUAAUUAUCGAUUCUUUGUCAGCAAACAUUUGCAGUAGGUCAGAUGAUCGCGUUCAUUAUUUUCUAACUGUGUGGUACUUGAAAAUUAUUACCAGUAAUGUAUCGGUGAGGAUAUGGUUCUUUUUCUAUGUAUACAAGUUUUAUGUACAAAUGUUAUUACGUGGUUUACGCACAUUAUCUCUUCCGAAAGCCAAACGAUUUACGCAAACAUCGUUAAAGCUGUCCAGAUUUGCAAGUGCAUAGUUGAGACCCAUGCUUUAUGAAUUCUGAGUCUGUUCCUCUAAUUAUCAGUACCAGUUCUUGAGACUAUUGAAAAGUUGAAUCUCACUGGCAUAAGAAAAACACUUCUUAAAACACUGUCAUUUAUCCUAGUUUGUUAUGCUUCUCACUGAAUUUCAGAAGUCGUGACCAGCUAACUGUUUUCACUUCUGUCGCCUGUUUACUUGCCAGACAGAACUAUCUAUAUGAAAACAACCGCUUUCUAAGUGGAAUUUUAUCCAUCUAACGUCAUACAACAAACACAGAAAGAUUUCAUGGGUUAGUCACUGGAGGGUAACCAACUUCAUGUUCCUUAUUCGAAGUGGUAAUCGAGUUCUGUCGAUCAGUUUGCAAUGUGACAACCAUGCUAAGAGACUCACCAUCUCGAUGCAGUGAGACAGAUGUAAGUUGGAUGAAGAAAUUUGGCAGGAAGCCAUAGACCCACGUCUUCUUCUUUUUAACAGUCUCCAGCAACCUUUACGCAACCGAUGUCCUGCCUGAGAUUCGAACACGUGUCACCUAGUGCCGAAGUCAGAGACGUUACUACUGAGAAAUUUAAGGUAUGUAUAGCAUCAGCGAUGUUUGCAAGUAUCUAAUAAACAAAAAUAACUCAGCAGUACAAUGAACCGUUAUUAUCAGCCUUUUCUAUACCUAUCAGAAAAAUUGGUCGACCGCCGUUUAUCUCUAACAAGCCUGAGUAAUACACGAAACCAUAUUGAAUAUUCCAACUUAGAAUUUUAGUAUUUGGAAAUUUUCUGAGCAGUCUUUUUCAAACGUCAAAAGUUCUUCUCAUGAUUGCUAGUAAUACUACUAAAUAGGCAAUCUAAAUUAUACUACUACUUCUAGCCAAACUUCACGUCCAUGUGCUUUAAGAUGAAUAGCUGCUUUGUUUAUAUGUUUUCAUUAUAUGGUUACUGAAAGCCAUUUAGAAAAGCCAUGGCAACCAUUCAUUAGUCUUUCUUAAUCACUUUGGUGAUGAAUAAAAUAUAAAUAACAUGUUUCGAGUCUCAAUGGGAAGUUGAAUCGUUUUCGAGGUACUAUUAUUGGUGAUUGUUUUCACUGGGUUCAAGCAAGGAAUACUGAUGCUGAAUUCAGUUCGUGAGUGAAGUUGUUACUCAACGUAUUUAAUGCUAAACAUGCCUGUCAUAAGUUUAAAAUUGCAUUCCAAACCUUUUUCUAUGUGCAUAGUAUAUUUUUUCUGUUGUAAAAUCCCCAAUGUUUAAGAAGAUAGAACAGGUUCCUCUCUGAUUCACAUACACCGCACUGAAGAAUGCCAUAAAGUGUAUUCACACAUUAUAUUUGGAAUUUUCAUACACAAAGAUUAUCACUGGACAAAUAUGAACAAUAAUUUGGAUUUUGAUGAUGCAUUCUGGCGGGAAGUAUUCAGUAAAGCCGAUAAAAAUAAAGAUGGACUAAUUAGCAAAAAGGAAUUUAAAAACUACAUGAAAAAACAUGGAUGUUCUUCAUUCUCUAUUAAAGAUGUACAGAAGGUUUUCAGUUAUUGUGACAGUGAUGGAAGUGGUUACAUUGAUUUGACGAAUUCAAAACUUUAUGCGUGUUGGAAACUUGUCUUAAACUAUGUUGUUGUAUAAUGAGAUGAGAAAAGUGAAUGAUGUGACGUUUGAAGCGAAGGGUAUUGGGCACAAGUCAGUGGGAACAACAUUACUCACUGGGUUGUGGAUACAUCCAGCUGACGAGUCCCAGAUAAAAAGAAACGUGCAUCCUGGAUUCCACUGUGAGCCACCAACAUCAAGAACGAUGUGACAAUUUUGUACAUUUUCAGAUGCAGACUUUUAAUGUAAUGCCGGUCAUUUCUUCUUGACCUAACUGUGGUUUUGGGUACUAUUCACUGGCCCUCUGCCAAACGGCACUGUAAAAUCAGUCUCUGUACAUUAACGGCAUUCUGAUCAAAAUUCCGCAGUCUAUGCAGUAUUAUAGAUACUUCAUAGCUUGAAGGAUUGAAGUGCUAUAGCCGGUAGUGUGACCUAACAGUCGACGAAGCUAACGCACAAACCAAAAGACUCUUAAUCAGAACAUCAACACCAUUGAGACGCGAAGACAAGCAGGGAAGACGGACCGUUGACAGAGAGCUUUUACUGCCUCAAUAACAAUCAAAACAGUUGACAACGAUGUUGAAUAUACACAUUCGUAAACGACCUUGAUAACAUUGAAGUUCACAUUCAGGUUAAAAGAUCUAACAACCAAUGAGAGUUCAGCCUUCAGAGCAGUGGGAAAAGAAAAGUUAGCAAUGAUAUAAAAACAGAAAUGAUAAGUUAAUUAAAGGUUGUAGGCAAAGAUCAGCCAAAAGUUGUACAAAAUUGGGGGUAUAUAGCAUGAAGUACAUAAUUGUAAUGUCUGGUCACUUCUACAGCAGAAACACUCCUGAUUAAAGUUCACAGACAUGGUGUAUUUCUAUCUUGGUGUAUAGAACAGAAGGAGUAUUGCUGCUAGAUUAACUUAUCUCCAAAAAUCAACUGCGCAUGUCACCUUUCUCAUCUGUUAGUAUGCGCUCAGAUAACAACCGCUUAAUCAACCACCGAUAAAUCAGUUAAAGUAACGUUGAACAGGAUGGAUUGCAUGCUGCUUCUUCUGUACCAACUUUUAUUGCAAUAUUGAUUCACCAACCUAAUUUUAUUUAUCAAUUUUUUAUCAUGAGGUGAUAAGGGAUAAAACUUUUAGAGUAAAAUCUAAACCUAAACAGUAGAUAAUGAGUUAGAAGGAAUAAAGAUAAGAUU